AUGCAACUGCGACUUCAACUUAUUCUUCUUUUCUACUUCUCUCGCAGCUUCUUCUGCGAUGAUUGUCAGUUUUCUAUGAAAAUAGAGCGUUUUCUAAGUGGUUUUGGUUCAGAUGAAAUCAAAGAGGAGAACAUCGUCGGCCUCGAAGACUUCCUGAUGAGUCUCGACCCUCAGACAAGCGAUGUGGUAACUAUCAAGUUUUCCGCUUUGCAUUUUGAGAGUCGCGCCGAGCGAAUCGGAACGAAAAAUUGGAGUUAUCCUAAGUUUACUGUUUAACACUUCAGUUUUCUUAAGGGGUCAAGAAACACUUGGUCUUUUGACCGGCAGUAAGAGGCCAGUUUUGCAAUCAAAAUUUUUUUAGGGAUCUUUCCAGAAAAUUACAGUAAAAUUGCGCAGUUCAAUAGUAUUGUGAGUAGGAGAACAUGUUUGGAGGAUAUUCCAAAUCAAGUAGAUAUUAUUAUUUUUAUUUUCCAAAACUCAUUCACUUAUUUUUUUUUCACCCUUUCAACCGAUUAAGAAGUGUUAUCGGCAGAAAAAUCCAACCAUUCAGAAAAAAAACUGUCAGUCAGGGUGGGAGAGCAACAUUGGAUAUUUGACAGUUUUUUCUUAGUUGUAAGCCGGUAAAAGUUUUGAAUUAAUGAGCGUUGAACUAUUCCAACCACGACCAGCUCUAGAAUCAAGACAAAAAAGUAAGACUGGUUUUCUUGUGCAUCAAAAACCUUAAUCAACAAGAAAUUUUCGAAAAAUAACCUAUGGAAACAUGAUUCUGUGAAAUGACUAAACUGACGUUUAUAGCUGCUAGAACUUCUUCAAGCGAAAACGUUGCCGGAAAAGAAAGGAAACAGAAGAAUGAAGAACAUCAUGCGAAAACUUCCACCAGCAACUUUGGAUCGUUUACUGGAAAUUUACAAAGAAACAAUGCCACGCAAGUGAUUUAUGUGAGUUGAUUAAUUAACAUUCACAUGGAUUUAUGGGUAUCAGCAUCUCAAGAGGAUAAAACACAGAAAACGGCCAGAAAUGGAAGAAAUUCAAGUGAGACUCAACCUUCUUCCGUCUCAAAAAUGAGCUCAAAAUACAAAAACACUCAUUCAAAUACCAGAUGUGUUGUGAAAUGAAAUGAACAUUCUCAAGUAGCAUCCGAUAGAUUGUCCUAUUCUCUUCAAGAGUUUUGAGGUGAACGCUACAAUAACAUUUCUUAAUUCAAUUACGCUGCUGUGAAGAACUGGUCCCCUAUAAUUUUUUGUGUCUGGAUGGGUUGAGUUUGGAAGAAAAAGUUUCAAACAGGUGAAGACAAAUUCAGACGAAAUGCUAUUCUAGAAGGAAUUUUUUGCACUGCGAUGCCUUUCACAGAGUUUUUAGAUUUUCAUAACUUUCAAUACUUCAAAAGUUCGGAUGAAAAGCGCAAAAAACCAAGAUUUUUUGCAAUUCAUAUGGACUUUCAGCAAGCAUAUUCUUCAAAAAACCAAACUGAUAAACAUUUGAGUGCACAUUGUAUCACAAUUUCGAAUUUUGCUACUGUAGCAGCCUUUUUUGUAUUUAGUUUUCAAGUUUUUGUAUGUUUUUCCUUCGCCAUUUUCUUAAUAAAAUUCGAAUCAAUGGCAGCUGAGAUCAGCAGGAGGAGCCAAUCGAUUGCUCUCCGCGCAUCUUGCAGUGACAUCCACUGUAGGUUUUUGCUCCUAUAAAUCUUUUGAUUUGUCAGCAAAAUUAUAUCGAUAUCCUUGCUGAAAACCGAGUCGAACAAAAUGUUUGCUACUGUAAGAUUUUAAUAACUGUUUUUUUUAUUUCUUUCUUUUUUUCUGAAGUUUUUUUCAUUUCAGUUUUUCCGUUAAUAGAUACUUGUACAUGGAAAAAGAAUUUUUUUCCAAGUUUUUUUGAAAAGAGCGGAAAAAUAUUUAAAUUUUUUUGUUUUUUUGAAAUUUGAUUCUCGAGCUCAUGCGUCUCUAAACCGUGUUUAGCAAAAAUCAGAAACUAUAAGAUAACUUUACUGAGUCAUUAAUUUUUUUAAUUUGUGAAAUCGAUCUGUUAAUUUUCAGCAGCUAAUUUGUUAACUUCAAGCCUUAUCGCAGUUUUUCAAAGUUGUUUAAUUCAACAAUAGUUUUUUUGCACCUUUUCGAGCUGUUAAUCAUACUUUAUUUCAAAUGAUUACUUUUCAAUUGCUCCUCUUUGACUUGAAAAAUGGAGAAAAUUUCUUAAAGAUCAGAAACGGAUCAUCAAAAAAAUCAGCCAACAGAAGUGCAGUAGAACUGGGAGCUUUGAGAUCGUCUGAUAAUUUAUAAUGUCUCGGCACACAACUCGACAGCAGCCGUUUUGGCUGAGUCAGCGGAGAUCGGGGAAAAAAGAGCAAAGGGAUUGAUGAAGGUUCAUUGCAGAUACUUUCCAUCUUGCUCGACGUGCCAUUUAUUCCUCGGCGUUGUAACAAAAGAAGCAGAGAGAGCCGAAGUUUGCCGCCGAUGACCCGCUGCGACGGCCAGACCUCUUCCCAACACCUUUUCCUUUCUGCUCUUCCUACUUCUUCUGUACCUCGGCUCAACCUCUCAGCUUCAUCUUUAUAA